AUGAUAUGUUUCACGCGGUCAGACAUCGCGCAUGGUCGCCAAGUAGCCGGCAACGUCCCAGGUUCAGUUGUUGUUGAGACUUUCGAAGGCGCCAUGUACACUGUACUGCUCGCGACAAUGACGGUCAUGACGUCCGCCAUUUGGGAGAAGGCGGGAAGGUCGCAGCUCGGGGUCAACCAGUUCCACCCGCAUUACGGCUCCAUGACCUAA